AUGUUUAGUCCAAAGACCACGAAACAGAUCAAUAAACUUGAAGUAUCGUUAAAAAAGAUACUUGAAAAUUUAAAAAAAGAAAAAGAAUAUAUUUUUGAUAGAAAAGAUGAAACUGAAUCAGAAAGAAUUAUUAUUGAUCAGGAAAUUGAUGAAACAUUGCAGAUUGUAAGAUAUGAACUUCAACCAGAAAUUGAAAAGAGGAUUGAACAAGAAACUUUAAAACGGUUAAAGAGAAGGUAUCCAGAUCAGAUUCAAAAGAUUAAUAAGAGAUCAAAAGUUGAACCAAAGGUUAUUAUUUUAACAGGUGGAAUUGGAGUUGGAAAGACAACAUUUGGUGAAAAAUUUGCAGAAUAUCUAGAAAAUAAAGGAUUCAAAGUAUACAGACCAGUCGAGACAUCGUUGAAAAUAAAACCAGAAUUAGAUUUAUUUUAUAAAGAUGUCAAGAAUCGUGCUUUGUUUUUUCAACAUGUAAUCUUACAAACUUACAAGAAAGAAGUAGAAAAGAUAAAUCAAUUAAUAGGUUACGAUUAUGUGAUCUUUGAUCGUACACAUAUCGAUACAGAAGUAUUUACUCAUCUUAACAUCGAAGAGCAAGAUGCUUUAGAUUAUUUAGAAGAAAAAAGAUCAAAAAUCGAUCUCAAGAAUAUUCAUAAAGUCCUUUAUAUUAAACCAAAAAUUGAGAAUAUGUUGAAACGACAAGAGAUAAGAAAUAGAAAAGGAGAGACUACAGAUAUCAAGUAUUUAACCAAGUUAUAUCAGGAAUAUAAUUCUAGAAUUACAAACAUGUAUCCUGAACAUAUCAAGUUUGAGAAUGAUUGUUCUAAUGAAGAGGAUCAUAAACCAGCUGAAUGUUGUUUCAAAGAAUAUGAAUCAAUUGAACUAUCAUCUAAUGAGUUAUUUUCAGAUGAAUAUGAAAAAAUAGAAUCAGAAUUAUAUGAUCAGUUACAGGAUCAUUUCUAUGAAGGAAGUAUUGAUAAUGAAACUAUAAUUAAUACAGUUCUUGAUUUUAUAAAAUCAAAUCCUACUAAAUAUAGAUUUGAUAUUAAUUGGUGGUCUGUGAUUAAUGAUUUGAAACCUCAAUAUGAAUUGGAAGUGAAAGAUGAGGUUUAUCGUCGAACAAAUAUGAGAAAUCCUGAUGUAAAGAAUAAAGAAAAUUUUAAGUUGAUCGAAGAAGAAGUUCAUGAUGCUAUGUUAGAUUAUUCAUCUAUACUUGAAUAUUACUAUACUGAUGAGGAUUUAAGGAAAUAUGAAGAAUCUGAUAAUUUCAAAUAUAUUGUUAAUCGUGAAACUAUGCGACUAUAUAGAGAUUCUGAACGUCAACGAAAAAUUUUACAAGAUAUAAAAAUUGAAUAA